GGCAGCCGCACCUGUAAGUAAUGUAGUUUCCUCCUCACAAAGAAAUCAGUGUGUUCCUGAGAGACUGAACAUCUGCUGCACUAAAGGAACGUGUCUGUCUACACAAUGGCAUCAUCAGCCGCUCUGUCCAAGGCCAACACCAGCUUCUGUCUGGAUCUGUUCAAGAAGUUUAGUGACAAGGACAAGGCAGCAAAUGUCUUCUACUCUCCAUUUAGCAUCUCCUCAGCCCUGGCUAUGGUGAUGCUGGGGGCCAGAGGCAACACACACACACAGAUGUCAGAGGUCCUCAGCUUCUGUGAGGCAGUGAAGCCGCAGCCUGGAGGAGCCGAACAGAGACAGAUGCAGCAGCACGUGCAGAUGCAGAAGAGUCUAAAGACCCAGAACUGUCUGGAUGACGUCCACGCUGACUUCAGUAAACUGCUGAAGACACUCAACAAGGCAGGCGCACCGUACUCCCUCAGUGUUGCCAACAGACUGUACGGGGAGCAGUCCUACCAGUUUGUAGAGGAUUUUUUGGGAGAAACCAGGAAGCACUACAAUGCAGAGCUGGAGUCUGUUGACUUCAAAACCAGCCAUGAAGCAGCAAGACUUAACAUCAACACGUGGGUGGAGAAGCAGACUCAAGGAAAAAUUAAGAAUGUGCUGGCCCAGGGUGUGGUGGACAACAUGACCAGGCUGGUGCUGGUGAAUGCCAUCUACUUCAAAGGCAACUGGAACAAGAAGUUUAAUGAGAGUGACACAGUUGAUGCUCAGUUCAGAAUCAACAAGAAUGAGACGAAGCCAGUGAAGAUGAUGUAUCAGGAAACCAAGUUCCCUUACUCCUUUAUCUCUAAAGUCAACUGUCAGGUCUUGGAGAUUCCUUACAAAGGGGAGGAGCUCAGCAUGCUCAUAUUUCUCCCAAAGGAUAUAGACGAUAGUUCAACUGGUCUUGAGAAGCUGGAGGAGAAGCUGACCUAUGAGAACUUUGUGAAGUGGACUCGUCGAGACAAGAUGGAUAAGAAAAAGCUUGAACUGGGCCUGCCUCGGUUCAAGAUGGAGGAGAGUUAUGACAUGAAGGAUGUCCUGAUCAGCAUGGGCAUGGUGGAUGCCUUUGAUAUGGCAAUGAGUGACUUCUCAGGUAUGUCUCCUUCCAAAGACCUGGUGCUGUCAAAGGUCGUCCACAAGGCUUUUGUUGAGGUCAAUGAGGUGGGAACCGAGGCUGCUGCUGCUACUGCUAGCACCAAGACUUAUGACCUUUUUGGAAACCCUUCAGUCAGAUUCAUUGCAGACCAUCCCUUCCUCUUCUUUAUCCGACAUAACCCCACAAUGAGCGUUCUGUUUGCUGGCCGCUUCUGCUCCCCUCAGUGAGCACUACAUUGUUGAGCGUUUGAGAGACACUGCUCUAGAAUUUGAUCCCAUCCAAAGUUUUUCUUUUUUUCUUUGGCUCUCGUCUGCCUCACUUCUCACAUGAGUCAUUGUGUUUAUCCUGAACACAAGCUCUCUGCUCUGCUUUUCUAUUGCACCCAAUCCGAUCUUGUUCAGAGUUUGGACACUUUAUCCCUUUAAUACACAUUUGGCCGUCUUUGCUGCAGCAUCUAUAACACUACAAUCUAAUUUGUUAUCCUGUACCUUACACUCUUUUGAAGACUUUGCCUUGAUCACAUUUGUUAUGCCUUUUUAAGCUGGCAGCACAGAGGUCAACUUUACCUGUAUACCAGGUAAACAUAUUAUGGUUGAAAGAAUCUCUGCACUGUCUCUAUAUAACAUGCAAUAUCAUUAUGUUAUAUAUUCAGCAAAACCAAAGAGAAUAAGAAUAGAAAAAGAUCCCGAAAUAUUGUUUAUCAACUUUUUUUCCAAAAAGGAAAAUAACCCUUUCAUUCACAUUUUGUCUUAUUCAGUGUAUAGUGAGUAUCAGAAGGAUAUAAUGCAGUUAACCAUUUUAAUAAAGAUGAUACUACA